AUGUUUUUUAUCAAAGAUUUAUCACUCAAUAUUACGCUACAUCCUUCAUAUUUCGGACCACGAAUGAAACAAUUCCUAAAAAGUAAAUUGCUUCAGGAAGUUGAAGGUUCUUGUACGGGUAAGUUUGGUUAUAUAUUAUGUGUCCUGGAUUAUGAUAAGAUAGAAAUCGAACGUGGUAGAAUAUUACCAACUGAUGGUUCUGCCGAAUUUACAGUUAAGUAUAGAGCAGUGGUAUUCAAGCCAUUCAAAGGUGAAGUGGUUGAUGGUACUGUUGUGUCAUGUUCGCAGCACGGUUUUGAAGUUCAAGUCGGACCAAUGAAAGUCUUUGUCACAAAACAUUUAAUGCCUCAGGAUCUUCAAUUUAAUGCAGGUUCCAACCCUCCUUCUUAUCAAAACUCCGAAGAUGUCAUUACAAUCAAGAGUAGAAUCAGAGUAAAAAUUGAAGGUUGUAUCAGUCAAGUUAGUUCCAUUCACGCAAUCGGUAGUAUUAAGGAAGAUUAUCUGGGUGCUAUUUAA